AUGGCGACCGCAUUCCAACGGUGGCUAUCGCCACGACCGCUGCAACGGACCAAGAACAACGACAAGCCAUCGUGGCCUCACCUCGGAGAUGCAGCCCUGUACGAGCCGCUCUCCAAACCAGACGGGCUCUGGUACAUCCGAGAGACACAUCACAUUGAAAACUACUUCGUCCGAGCCGGACUGUCUGGACCCCCACUACAUAUACAUUGUUUGCAAGACGAGUUCUUCAAAGUCGAGCAGGGUGUCUUGGGCGUCGUUAAGAACGGUGUGGAAUACGCCAUCACCAAGGACGACGGAGUCUUCCCUAUCCCCCGUGGCACACGGCAUCGAUUCUGGGCUCACAAGACAGGCACCGAGGACCUUGUCUUCUCCAUCUGGCUGGAUCCCUGUACCAGUAAGAGAGAGCACAUUCUGGACGUCAACUUCCUGCGCAACUUGUCGGGCUACGUCAAUGAUUGCCUCAAGGCCGGCCUGCAGCCGUCGGUUCUCCAGAUCAUUCUGCUCACCGAAAACGCGUCUUCGCUGCUGUGCCCGCCUUUCCUCAACUGGAUGCCGACGCCGAUGCUCUUUUGGGCACACCGUGGGAUUGCCUGGUAUGCGGAGAAUAUUCUAGGGUAA